AUGGUGUGGGGGGAAGGCGUUCCUUCUGGCAGAGAGCGCGCUAUCGAGACUUUAAUCGAUCGAGAGCCACAAGGAACCUUCUAUCGUGCCGCUCGGGUUUUGGACGAAGUGGUUCCUCAGGCACUCGUGAAUCGUCCCAAUGUGGUAACCAAAGGAGCUCUGGUAGAACAAGCCAAAGCGCUGGCGGAACAUGAGAUUGUCUUGUCCAACUACGACUCCGUCUUUGGGUUGGAAGGCAAGACGUCCUCCGCCACGGAACCCACUCUUGUCUCCAACACAUCCAAGGAUCGUAUUCUACGACAUCACGCCAAACAGUGCAGUGUCCUACGAAAGAAAUCCAAUCCACAAUCCACCCCUUCGCCUCAGUUUGUAGCGGCGCUGCGACAAGUCUACGGCAAUGCCGCCGAUGAUUCUCCAUCUUUUAACUUUCGAACACUCCUCAAGUCCAUUAUGGACCACAAGGUAUUUGAGGCCGCUUCCACUACUUCCACCUCUGCUACUACUGCGACGCCAGCGGAACCCACGGGCGAACCCAAUGAACAACCAGAGGAAACGUCCCCAAAAGACGCUCCUGUGGCACAAGUAGAAGCACUCAUUGCCAAUCUAGCGAGACUUUCGGAGGACAAGGAUAAUUCACUCAUUCAGGGACUCCUUGUCGUCGCACUCUCGGUAUUGACGCAAGCGGUUCCGGAUCAGGAAGGAGACCACACGACCAAGAAAAACAAGGGGACGAGUCAAAAUGUUAUUCAUAAUAAGAAACCCAACAAGAAGGCCACUACGGAAGAUCCCACGGCGUCGCCGGCUCUGGCCGUUGGAUCCGUUCUCUCCUUGUUAAAGUUGCCGGACAAUAGCACGUUGGUGGAUGGUGGAUUCAAUGUCGAUCCAGAAUUGAUGGAGUAUUUUGCGCAGGCGGCCAUUGCCUAUGAAGGCCGCAUCGAGAUACAGAAAGCUCGAUUGCUUACCAAAUUACAACAAGAAGUAGUGGAAACCAGUCCAUCGGACACGGAUCUGCGCACUGCCGAACCAAUCGUGGCAAUCUUGGAAGGUGAUGCCGCAGGUCAAUUGGAACGCUUGGCGGAAGCCACACUUUCGGGUGCUGCUGCACUGGAACAAAUCAUUUCUUCGGCCACGGGCGAUGAGACGUCGUCGGGUGCCGAAGAAGAAGAAGAGGAAGAAGCCGAUAUUAGUUCCGGCAGCGACAGUGGAAGUGGCAGCGAUUCCGAUGAGGAACCGGGGCUCGUGACCAAUACUGGUGGUGCCGCCGAAGAGCCGGCAACGGGAUCCUCUCCCGCGACUGAUGACGAAGGAGAUGCGCAAGGGGAUGAUGAUGAUGAUGAUUCGUCUUCUUCUGGUGCUGGCGAUUGGGGAAUGAUGGAAGGAGCUAGACCCGGUAGUGAGGUCGAUGUGGACGAAGUCAUUGCCGAUGCAGAAGAAGAGGACGACGACGAAGAAGAAGAAGAGGAGGACAAUGAUGAAGAUGAUGUUUUACAGCAAGCGUUGGCGCUGAGCCUUUCCGAGCAAAACAGAAACGCUGCCGAAGCCAACGCAUCAGGAGAGGAAGCGCAGACUGCUGAUGCUCACACUGGUUCAGGCGAAACACCAGCUGCAUCGGCAGAAGAAAAGUCAACAAACGACAAGGAUACCGACGCGUCGCUGCCACCUCUGCCGCCCAAGCCAUCCUCUUAUCCCUACGCCAGUUCUCUGGGCAAGACACACGAGGUGGACACAGACCAAGCUGGGUCGGCAGAGGAUCAAACUUUGCCCUAUUUUGAUCCUGCGGUUCUCAACAAAUUCGGGUCUCUUCCUACCGCCAAUGUCCUUGUUCACUUGCUCCUGUACACGGCUGGAGUUAUUGAACGAAAUAGAUUUACAGGGACUACAACAAAUGAUAGUGGCAGCGCUAAGGAGGGAAGCUUCUCCUCUGUUUCUGGUGGAAUCGGAGUUUCCUUGUUUCCGCCGAAACACAACAAUGUUGAUAGAAAAGAGGCCAGCAAUGCAGAAGAGAGUGCCAGAGUUCCUGUCACACUUCAACUGCUAGUGGCAUUCUUUCUACAGACAAUCGAGAAAAGAAACGAUGCCAUUGCUGGUCUCCGCAAAGCUAUUGCUCACGCCGAGCGCCAUGCUCAAGGAGAAGACGUCGCCGACGAAAGUGGUGCCGAUGCGGAUGCUGCGGGCGGUAAUAACACACCUCUAUCGUCAGAAGAAGAGGACGACCCUGCCAUUGCUUUGGCCAUGAACUAUGCAGAGGACGAUGUAGCUUCCGAAUCACUGGAAGCGAAGGGAAUGAUAAGGAAGGCUGCCGCGGCUGCACAUGAUGCUGCUGCAAUGCUCAGACUACUGCGGCGGCGCUGUGAAUCGUGGAAACAGAAUGUGAAGCUGUACUCUGUUUCUGCCGUUCUGGCAUUGAAGAGUCUUCGUCUUUUCCUGCAAUCAACGGUGCGUCAGCGAUUGCACGAACGUGAAGUCAAUGGCAAUGCUUCAUCGUUCCUAUCCGAUUGUGGCGAGUUUCUGCCAUCUCUCGUCAGUUCAAAGCUAUCCAUGUCGCUUGCUUCCCUCAUGUCAGUCAGUGGAUACACCGCCUUUUCCACCCUGCUGGGCGACGAUGUAGCUGAGGUUGGUGAAGUAUUCUUGCCUUUGACGUUAUACAAGGAGGCUGUGAGUACAUGGGGCGAAUGCGUUCCUAUGGUGUAUCCUUCGGUCACGGCACAAGUUGAGAUACUGAGGAAUCUGAUUGCUGAAUGUUCGCCUCGAUCGGGCGGGGAACAAGGUCCCCACUUCAAGUCUGCCGAAUCCUUGACUGCGAUGCCGUCGUCAGAGCUCGAACCCCAAGUACACCGACUUCAAUGCCUGUGUAAAAGACUAAGGGUUGCAGACCUUCUCGACAAUCUAAUUCCCAAUCCGGCGUGCUAUGUCCCUGAUGGAAAAUUCUCCGGCGUUGACACUGAUGGUGAAUCUGAGACUGAAGAAUCUAAGAGCAAACGGCAAGGUACGGAUCCAUUCAAAGCGAGCGCCGUUGUUUCCCUCGUAGCGUCUGCAACCAAGGAAGUGUUUGGCGGAAAAGGGGAACUGCAGAGGCUGUUCUUGGCUCUAUGCCACCGAUAUCAUUCCCGUGUUCUUCUCUGGGGCGGCUUGUACGAGUCUUCUGAGAGUGAUGUAGAUGACGUUGCUGGGACCGCUGCGACCCAGGCUUCUGUUUCAUCAGGUGAUAUCGUGCGUAUUGGCGCUGCCCCUUCAAACACCCUACAAUUCGACGCCACAAAAUGCUCGGAUUCCAUCGCCAUUUUGGCAAACCACAGCGAAUCGUCGGGAGGCGCCAAUGGAUCAUCCGUGCACCAGCGUGCGUCGAAAGUCUGGGGCGCCGUACUUUCUACGCACCACUACAAUCCAAAAACUGGAAUCCAUCGAUGGGCCGUUAGACUGGACAAAUGCGAAAGAGGGCACGUGUUCGUUGGCGUCGCCACAGCACAGGCUAGCAUGCGCACUUACGUCGGCGGAGACAAGUACGGUUGGGGUAUGAUCGGAACUCAGGCACUUUGGCACGAUCGUCGAAAGAUCCGCGGUGACUAUGGGGCAACGUUUCGCACGGGCUCGACUAUCAUCGUUACACUCGACACUGAUGCUGGCACUUUGAGUUUUAGCUCGUGGAAAGACAACUCUUCUUCCAGUUCUUUCUCGUUGGAUCCUCUUCUCCAAAAUCAGUCUACGGCUCGCCGUCAAGGCCACAUUGGAGGAACAGUGGAAGAUUGGGGUAUUGCAUUCGAAGGACUUCCACUUGAUUCGCGCCUGUAUCCGGCUGUAGGAUUGUACCAGAGAGAUGACCGCGUCACGCUGCUGACUGUGGAGAGCAACAGCAGAAGCACAGGGCGUGACGGAGGUGUUGACAUUUCUGGCGGCUUGUGCUAUUACCCUCUCCUUGACAAAGUAUCCGAUUCUCGUCGCAAUGCGGCAAUAGCUCAGGUCCGGCAGUUCAACGACGCUUUGUCCUGGGAAGGAGUGCAGUAUGUUAUGGAAAUGCUGCUUUACAUUGAGCAAUGCCUUGAGAAUGGGCGAGAUGAGCUUAUUCUUGCUGCACUCCUACCAAGCCUUUCAGCUGCUUUGUGUCUGGUGCCCAAUUCGAUUCCUAUCCUUUCCGAACGAUUUGCGCUGACGUUGUUGCCGCAUCUUGGCAAGUUUCUGCUGAAGCUUGAUGGGUAUCGCGGUAAACAAAAGAUGGUCCAGAAUUUGUUCAGAACUGGGGUGAGGCCCGGAAAGUGGAUCAUUCGAGCGACAGGAUCGUCCGGCGAGAACAGUGAUUUCGAGGAAUAUGUCGUUGAUUUUACCUCAGCGGUGAAUGAGCAAGGAGCUACAGUUGGAUUUGAAGGUACGGGGGUAGGAACAACAGGGAAGUCGAAAAAUGGAUUGGUAGCCAUCUUUGGUACGACGAAAGGGUCGUCCGUUCAUUUCGUUGAGGAGUGGUCAGAUGGAAGCGACGAAGGAUUCGGGUCAACUGCAACUCCCGAUGAGACUUCGUCUUGUGUGGUGGCAGCUCGAAUUAGCAUGGACGGGACGAAGUUCGAAGGGACGUACCGAAACGUCCAGUUUGGCACUUCAGGGAAGAUUGCAGGGAUCUUGCAAACUGACCACACCGCUUUCUCCAAGAUUCGUCUGAAAGAUGCUCCUGUUUCGUCGAGACAAAACGCCGAAUUGGCAGAUGGAGUCGUGAUGGGAGAGGCAAUCUUGUGUUUGGCAUACAACCACAUGGCAACCAUCAUUGGAGAGGACGCCGCUGGAGAUCAGCAAAGUGGCGCAUCUGUGACUCCCGUUAACCACGAGGGACAACCACUGUCCUCAUUACGUCGGCUGCUCGCUGGUCAGCUCCUCGCUGGUUCGUCUCUUUCUUCCCCAGAUGAAUCACAACUGGUGGCGCUGAGAGAGGAAUAUGCAUGGAAGAGUGAUUACGAUGACCCGCAUGAGUGUCGCAAUCUGCGUUUACUGGAUUCCUCGGGUGUUCAGAAUAUUUUGAGUGAAUGUGCUGGAGGGCUUGCACCUUCCAUAUCGUCAGAAGAGAUAUUCAGCAAAGUUGCCACAUUUGACGAACGUUUAGCUCCCAGAUUUGGAGGCAUGGGCUCGUUGCGGGGACUGUGCCCAGCUGAGUACGAUAAGUGCCGAAGGCAGAUCAUUGGCGCAUUUGUAAAAUCAUGUGGCCUCGUCGAUGAACUUACCGACGAGGCUGAGGGUGCUGCUAGUCUGGAAGCCAUCUGGAAAACAUCGCUCAAGAUUAUGGAGGACGGGCUUCGCGAUUCCAUGUCAAAUCCCACGACAAAUGCGAGCAAGAAGGAAUCCUGUGCAACCCGGUGUGAGCUGUACGGGCAAAUCUCCCAGUUUCUGUGCUCCCUGGAGCUCUGGGAGCGGGUCUCUGUGGGAGACGCCAGUAGAGAAAUAUCUUCUUUCUACAGGAACAUCCAGAACGCUGCAGACCUCCAGCUUCUUCAGAAGGAAAUGGAAGCCUGCUCGCGACGAUCGUUGCUACGUCUGAUAUCAGUGCAAGAGGUUGCCAACCUGUUUGUGAACGUCGACAAGGCCGCGCGUGACCUGGACAGCUUCAUUGCACUCGAGUCCCUCAUAAUCGGAAUGCCACGUCUGCUUGGCAGAAGCCCUGCAGAGUCUGUUGGUCGAAUCCGCAAGCAUGGAUUAGCCAGACCUGAAAGCACCCGUGGUACCGGGCAUGCCCAAGCCAACACAGCCGGUGCCGGCCGAUUGACGCGACUAGCCGUCCGAAACUAUGUGCACAAGCUGUUCCAUCUUCUUGGUCAAAUUGCAACCAGAGCGCUGGCCCACCGUGACGAAGUCAAAUCUGGAGAGGCAAUUAUGUCGGUCGACUCUUUGCUUCUUUCUUUGGUGACGGUUUUCACAAUUACACUAAAAGACGAGGACAUUGAAGAAAUCAUCCGCGGUAGUAAUAUCAUUGGCAUAAUGAAAAAUCUCCUAGAGCAACACCGAGGCUCUAUGGCUCCAGGAAGCCUCUUGCGGGGCGGCGACCAGGUCUCCGUGGUGAAGAAACUUCAGAAUAUUUGCGAACGAGAAGUGUCCAGGUCGGUGUUACGAGCCUGUGUUGCUGCAACGCACACGCUUGUUUUCCAAGCUUCCAGCCGAAAUCAAAACAAGCUGACAGGCACCAAAUGUGCAGAAAUGAUCUCUUCCUGCUGCGAGAUCGUCUUCACUGAAAUGAAGAAUACGAUGGAGACUGCCGAACAGAUGGUUGCCGAGGUUGUUGAAAAGGCAAUCACCAAAAAGACUGAUGCGGACUGGGAGAAGUUUUGCGAGGCCUCCUGCCCGUCCAUAUCUACCACAAACUCGACGAAGAGCGGGAACGCUCAUCAAGUAGGAAGUGCUGGAUUGAUGUACCUGCAGGAGAAUGGAACAACGCACAGUUAUGCUAUCGGAAAUUCCCAGAAGUCGUCGUCUCGCCAGAAGAGCUCGUCGAGUGCAUCUUCUCGGCUCUCAUCUGAUGGUGUCGCCAAGGCCCAAAACGGCUUUGCAUUCCAACUUUUGUCCCAGUGGCUCCACAUCUUGUGUGGAAUCCUGUACUCUCCCACAUCAAAAGCUCUCCUUGCCAACAACUCUGAGUGGAUCUCGUUGCUCCUUUGGGCCGUUGGCAUGUCAGUCAAUGAAACAGAUGGUUGUAUUGACGAAGUAUCAGUACGAAAGCACCGCGAGGGUUUGCUGCCUUCUCGUUUUCGGUCGAGAAUUCUUCGAUUCCUGCUCCCUCUUCUUGAAUCUGCCAAACCCAACGACCAAGUUGUCGUGGGUCUGCUUUAUUUGGCAGGAUUGGGAACCCCCUCGAUGCCCCGCAGCCUCGACGAGGAAGAGAAGUUUGUGGCGCGCGAAGCAGUGACGCUAUUGCGCCAGCUCCAUUCCCCUUCACGGGCGGCAUGGCGAGAAAGUGUCAACCGAGUGAUUUCUGCUGUCCCUACUACUCCAGUUGGAGAAGACAACAAUAUCAUGCUGCGGCUGGGCGUGCUAGCCUUCCUCUCUGGCAACAUGGAGGUUAUUGGAAAGGGUUCCUAUGUGCUGCUCAAGCCCGCUGCUGCCGUGCCGCUUUCGGUGGAUCAGCAGUCAGGUCCGUCCAGUAAAGGACACUCGAGCGGAGUGGGGGGCACCGGAUCGGGGGUCGGCGUUACUCCUCACCAUACCGUGGGGAAUGGCACUGAGGGUGUUGUCGCAGGGCUAUGUAGGCAUGAUGCCUCUGCGGGCCUUGUUAGCAACAUUGACAUGAAGAACGGCAUUUGUGAGGUGGUAUUGCUGACGAGGGAUCCUGUGAGCGCCGACGAGAACGGAGAGAGCUUGCUUCUUUCCAAGCCACGCGGCUCGUCAGGCCCAAGACAUACUCUGACUGUCCGUGCUUUGCGGACGGCCCUUUCGGAUGUUGUUCAUGCACAAGAGGCUCCCCUCCAUCUGGACGAGUCGAUGACCUUUGAAAAGUUGUUUGAUUCGCUUAUCGAGACUGCUCUUUCCAGUUUGUUUGCUGUGAUGAAGCCAUCUGCUAGCUUGAGUGCCGUGGGCGGUGUAAGUGGGUCUACUGAUGACUCGACCGAAACUGGAUUCUCUGCGUACAGGUCGGGCCUGCUGAGCAUCUCUGCUUCGAUAAUGCUGCUACGGUCCGCCAUUGUGGUACUUUCUGACAAGAGAAUUGCCUCGAGUUUCUUACAAGCGAAGGAUUCGAAGAAGAUUCUUUCUCGCAUUCUUCGAUUGGCUUGGCCGGCUGACCUUGAGAAGCAAGAUGUGUCGGACUACGUUGUGAAAGCGCAACGAUCAUUCUUGUCUUCCCUGCCUGUCCAUGAGGCUCGCUACGGACACUUGGUCUCCAUUCUUCGCGAUUUGGCACUCCGUGAUGAUGCGACUGCUGGAAUUUCGGACGAAGAAUGGACCAAGCGUAUCGAAGACCUCCGUCGAAGGCAACUGGCGAUCGGAGACGAAGGAAACAAAGAUCCGCCAGCGGCAACUGGCAGCCCAGAAAAGCAAAACAACGCUGCAACGACCGAGUCAGAGUCUGGAAAACAUGGUGUUACUCAAUCAUCAGAAGGCGCAUCUGGAUCUUCUACAGGCGGAGGAGGCGACGCAGAAGCGGGCAACCGAAACGCAGAUUCUUCAAAUCGAGCUGCGUCGCAGUCAACGAUUAACAGCAACAGCGAAGACGAGGAAGAAAGUGAAGCUGCUGCAACUGCUGCGGCUCAUCUCCGAGAAGCCGCCAUUGCACAAAUGGCUGAGCUGGGCUUGCCCCGUUCAUGGUCAGAACUGGCCCUGAGACGGACAGGUGGAAAUGACAUCGAGGCUGCGGUACACUUUUGCCUUGAGAGAGGCGGUGAGAUGGAGCGGCUUCUGGCAGAAGAGAGGGAAAGGGAGAGACUUAUGCAGAGGCAAGCUGGAGGAGGGCAAUCAUCUCGUCGUCGUGGAUACCGAGGGGAGAGUGGAUCCUCCAAUCACCUUCUUCGGCAGCUGCUCGAGAUGGGUUUCCCAAGCAGGUGGUGUGCAGAAGCAUUGGCGGCAACGGGAAACAACGUUGACGAAGCCCUGACCUGGAUCUUGACUCACGGAGAGAGACUUAGCGAAGAAGACGAGGCCAUGGAAGACGAAGACAACGGAGAGGAUGUCGAUGACGAGGACGAGAGCAUCGAGGAUGAAGAUGACGACGAGGAUGAUGGAGGAGGUUCGGUCUCUGGCGCUGAUGGUGCCAGUGAAGCACCACCAAAGAGCAGCAUCGAAGGAGCCACCAACGCGUCGGAGGGUGGAGCAGACGAGCCCGUUUGGUCAGGUUCUGUAGUACCAUUGCGAUUCAUCUCUGGGCGGUCAAUCAUCGAUUCCAAAACGCUGGCAAUAUCUGGGCUCCCAACUGGUGGAUUCUCUUCUGUUGGUACAAAAGGUAUCCUUCUUUGUUCAGGAAAAUGGUACUAUGAGGCCAUCUUGGAGACGGCUGGGUGCUUGCAAAUCGGCUGGGCAGACGGGAGCUUUGCCGGGCACUGCCAUGCAGACAGAGGCGACGGGACAGGUGAUGGUCCAAGCUCCUGGGCGUUUGAUGGUUGGAGAAGAUACCGUUGGCACUCAACAGCAACAGAAUGGGGCUGCCGAUGGAAGGAAGGAGAUGUUGUCGGCUGUCUAGUAGACAUGGAUGCACGGACCGUGUCGUUCACACUCAACGGAAGAGGCGAGGAAAUCGGCAUGGGUGUGGCCUUCUCGGGAGAAGGUUUCCGUCCGUGUGGCGGUGUGUAUGCCUGUGUGAGUUUCAAUAGGAGAGAAAAGCUUCGUCUGAGGCUCUCAGAACCUUUCAAGUAUCAGCCUCCUGAUGGUUAUCAAGGUGUGGGUGUUGCGGUUCUCCAGGCAGUCAAAGAACGGGAACAACUGGCAUUGAAGGAGCAGAUAUUGGACAGAGCAAACUCUAAUCGCCCUGAACCACCCAAGAGAUUCCUUUGUGACUUUUCGGAUGGAGAACACGGGCAUGAACUCAUGGCUUGGGCUCAUCGAUACUAUGGAUCAGAUGCAUCUGUGCAUCUUGGGUCUGGGCGUUCCAAACAAUCAUCAACUGUACAAAAGUCUUCAACUGUCCCUGCGACGGAUUCGCACGCUGCUGCUUUUGCCAUGCGCAGAAUCGAGAAGGUUUGGAGCGAUGCGAAGGGCUCGGACGGAAAUUCAAAGGGAGUCAUCAAGAGUGAUGUAACCAAAGACGAGGUGGUAUCGAUGCUGAAGCAGGGAUACAUCGAAGCAAGCAAACAACUCGACGGCCAGCUAGUGAACGAGUCCGCUGUUCUUGCGAUUCUGUUUGCUCGCAAGUUGAUUUUGCACUUGACAGUAACCAUGGGCCAAGAUUUUGAUCUCACCUGCUUCCUUGAAGAUGGGGCCGAUUCAAGAAGUAAUGCUCGUCAGUAUUGGGGAACGGUCGAGUCCUGUGCAAGUCUUCGUUGUGCGGGUUGGGUCGGCGAAGCCGGGGCGAUGGCAAUUGCUGCUGAAGCGCUGGGUCUUGGCAUCUCAAGCAACGAUCAUGGCCACUCUCGUCAAACAUCAUCGGAAAGAGCAGGAAUCGCUUCUGCCACGGAUCUCGAUGAAGGCGCAAUGCUACCCGCGGGUGGCAUCACUCAGUUGCUCAGCAGCGUUAUGAAGAGCGACACUGACUCGACAGCGAAAGAAACUGGAAGUCUGUUGGCAGCAUGCGCUGAAGCGGCGAUUGGAAGUGACGGAGGAGGUGGCGUGUUGGUCUUCCUUCAACAAGGAUUACAGAGUGCUGUGCAGAAGUCGCCAGACUUGCGGCAAGUUCUUACAGCUGCCGUCAGACGGUCGGUCAGACUCCUCGCUGUGGUGGAAUAUGAAGGCGAUGAUUCCGACGGUUCUGAUCAAGCCGAGGACGAAGCGGACGCUCCUGCUUCGACUGAAAAGAAGUCAUCUUCCAGCAAAGACGACGACCAUGAUGGCUACGAUAUCUCGGCAUUACCGGACGCGCGGCUGACUUCGUUCUUGACGGGGUUGCUGAUGAGUAAACCGGUUGAAAGGACCGUCAGCCAGGAUGACUUUGGAGGGGUGGUCGAAGAUUUGUUCCAAGCAUGGAGUAUUGGAAUGCUCUCCGCUUCUCUCCCUUGGCGUAUGGUGUGCGCUUUCACUGUGGCUGGAAUACUAAAUAAGAGCCCAAAGGCGCUCUCCUCGGCUGUUUCUUCCUUUCCUACUCUAGCGAGGUUUUAUGGUCGGCUCGAGAGCACCGUGUCCCGACGUGUAUGGGCGGAACGUGCUGCGGUUCCCGUGUGCUCUCGUUAUGUCCAAGCUAUGAUUGAACUAUUGGCUGCCGUCAAGCGAUCGAUUUCUGUACAGAAGAUGCCAUCCGAAUUCAUGAAGUUCUGGGGCAAGAUAUCAGUUGACGCAGCAACGCCACUACCAAUGGCUGUUUAUGGUGAACCAAGGCAAUCUGAGAAUGCCUAUUGGGAAUCUGACGAUGGCUGGGUCUCUAGUGACACCAGUUGGGAAGUUUGGACUGGCACUGUGGAAUACAUGCCUGUUGACUGGGAAACGCCUUCAAGGUCACCGGUAAGGUCUCUAAUGGACGGUGGAGAGGGUCCACCUAUGCUUCGCGAAGGCUGCUACGUCAUGCGAGGGCUCGACUGGUCCAACGAAGGAAGCGGCUCCAAAGACGGGGACGAAGAUGGCAAGAAACUGUACGAAGCUGAAAAGGCAAAGCGCGAGAAGGAAAAGCGUCGAGCCGAAGAGGAGGCCAAGGGCUCAUCAGGCGCCGAUUCGGGCUCUCCCCAAGAAGACAGUCCACAGGGUAAAGGCGACAAGAGCUCAGCUGCGUCCGACCCAACAGUUGAAUCUUCUCAAGACCCCGUGGCAGAACCUUCUACACCAGAGGACAAGCAGAAGGCAGAUCAAGGCGACUCUGCAUCAUCAAAGAAACAGAAGAAGAAGAAGAUACCCAGUCCGAAGCUCCCUGUUGGCACCGUGCUUUCCGUGGAGCCGUGGAAUGGCAUGCCUGGUCUAGGCAGGAAGGUUCGAUGGCACUUGACCGAAAAGGAGGGUAUCUACCGGUAUGGUGGAGAUGGUGGACGUUAUGACAUUAGCCAUGUUGAAAUAAACGAGAAGAGUACUCGGGUGAAGAAAAGGCACCCGCUGCCGGAGAGCUCAGAGCAAUGUGCAGCUCGCCAUGGUUUUGGAGCCAACAAGAAGUACAGCGUCAUUUUGCGGCUGCAACGCUGUAAUAAACCAGUUCAAGAAGGAUCUGACGAAGUUGAGAGAACGGGAGUGCUCGAAUGGCCCGAUUUUGGUGCUGGAGUGCUCGUUCACUGCGUUCUUCUUGCCGAUGGCGCGAUCACUGUCACCGAGAAGCACUUGGUCUACGGGUCAAAAGAUGCUGGCUGGGAGGCUCGUUUCGGUCACCCAUCCUUUGUGCCUGGUUCAAGCUUUGUGCUGAGUCCCACGAAUGCUGCUGCAGUUGCGGCGAAUGAAGUCAGCACCAGGUCACCUUUUUUGUCUUUCUACGAGGAAAUGCUUGGCAGCACCACGCACCAAGUGCAAGCACUGAGGGAUCGAGCCAACGGCGGCAACGUGCACGUGACAAGUGAGAUGCGUCUAUUUAGAGGCCGCCAGAAGAACAGAACAAGUCCAUCCUCGGCGAUUGAGCCCGUUGAAGCUCCUACUCCGCCUCCAAUCCAUUUCGACCGCGAGUACCAUGCAAAUUCCUUGUCGUUGUCACGAGACGGACGGACUGUGUCUUGUGUGUCCUCGGAUGGCCGUGGGGCUGCUUAUGCCUCCGUCGGCUUCACCAAAGGUGUCCAUUACUGGGAAGUAAAGCUCGAACAAGCUGAUAUCGGCAGCGUUUUCAUUGGUGUUGCUGAGAAACCAAACUCAUCGGGCUCAGGCGGCUCCUACGACACCCCUCCACGCUUGAACAGAUGGCCUGGCUGGGGGUUUGUCAACUUUAGAGCCACGUACAGCUCUGGCGCUGAGCGUGUUUAUGGCGCUCAUUGCCAUGCUGGUGACACUGUUGGUGUGUUGCUGGACUGCGAUGCCGGCAGAGUUUCCUUCUUCUUCGACGGCUUAAAGUAUGGCGAACAUAUUCUAAAUGACCUUGGAUGUGCCUUUGAGAACUUGGCACCGUUUGGGUUCAAUGUUGAUGGCUGCGGCAGCGGUGGUGCUGGACAAGGAGCUCCCAGCGGAAUCGAAGGAGGCAGAGGAGGUCGGUACCCAGCACAAGGAUCUGUGAGACCACGUGCCCUUUGGCCAGUGAUUGGACUCAGAAACCAAGGAGACCGAGUGACUAUUUCGCCCAAGUGGACAACGAGCUACGGUGUGGACGGCGUAACCUCAACGAGGAAUGCACUUGCGGUGGAUGAAAUCCUGUUCAAGUAUUCUCAGGCCGCCGCAACCACUCCAAACCAAAGCAAAGAGAAUUUCCUGCCAAAUUGGUUCGUCGAGGAAGCUUUCUGCGAGUACAAACGGUGGUACUCUGACAAAUGGAAACGAUCAGUCACUCGUGGUAGCGGUCCUUAUCGACAAACAAGUUUUGGUCUCGACGUGGAUCUUGAUGCAUCACCUUUGGCGUGUGCAACUUCCAGUGCUGCGCUCGGUUUGAAGCGUGCCCUGCUGGCAGGAGACCGAGUUCGGUUGCUCAGGUCAGCCGGCAGAUUGCUGGAACUUGCAGAAGAGGCAGUCAUUCUGGGUGCAUACCAAGGAAGACUCUUCUACCAGAUUGUGUCACAGAAGAGCGAGGGAGGAAGUCUGACGGAAGGCGGCGGUCGAGCCUGGUUUCUGGAUGAAAGCGAGGUUGUCGACGGUCUACCGUUUAUCGGCCAAGGCCACGCAGGUGACAUCGAUCUUCCACUCAUGGACAGGUUCAGGUGUAACUCUCCUGGUGGUCUCAAGGUCUCUUAUGGCGGAGGUGCUGUCAUCAGAUCUGAUUUGGAAAUUAUUGAUGUCUCCGUGAAUCUUGGCGUUAUCCCAGUCAACACGGUAAUCCCGAAACACGACGUCCUAGAGAGACGGGUCAACUCAUGUGGUGUCACGAGAUACAGGGUACGCGCAAAGGUGGGCGAAGAACUGAAGGAAGGAUGGAUCAGUGCUAGAAUCAGAGGAGGAAGGGAAGAAGCCAUUGUCGAAGCAGCUCCAGUCACGCAGCAAGCAAGCCCAUCAAAGACGGCAAAAGAUGCCGAAAAGCAAUACGCAACAGCGUUGGAGUGCGCACUUGCAUGGAAAGCAGAGUACGACAAGACCUUCAAAGAGCCUCGUUACAAGUCGGAUGGGGCACUUACAGUAAAAGAUUUGAACGUGUUCAAGUCCCGUCUUGAGGCUGGUGUGUUUGAGGGUCUAUCCAUCGUCGAGUCAGACUCUCUCCUUGCAUCUGCUGUCGGCGCAAUCAGCAACUUCAGUGAUAGUGGUGAUGCUGUGGACUGCAGCUACGACGAGAUUCUUUGUGCAGUCAAGUUCGCUUUGGACGUGAAGAAAGGAGUCAAAAGCGACUCUAUUGGGUCGAAUCCAGCAGCAAAUCAGGCUGCGGCAUACGCAUUCAAUUCUGUCGAAGGAGCCAUGCCGUCGCUCGAAGCCAUCAUGGCCCGCAUCGGUCUCGUGCGUGCUUUUAAUCGACGAUCGAGAUUGGCACUUCCUUGGCUCUCGGUGCGCCCUUGUCAGGAAGGAUCAGCCAUAUUCGGUGGUCUGUGCGGUCAUGGUGCAUCCACAGAGCGAUCCGGAAGAAACCGCCUUGUCGAUUCUCAACAGUUGUGGAUACAAAUCCCUUCCAUUGCCAAGAGAAUUCGUUCUCAACGCCACCUCUUCUUUAGUAGCGUCAAGAAGGGAUUGCUUCAGAGCAUAACUGAAGCGACAGCAACGCCCACUCCGCUCUCACACGAUGAAUACGAGCUUCCAAGAGAGAUUAGAACCGUGAGAAUCAAUCGAUUGAGGUCCCGCAUCGCCAUCGCUGGAAGCGACAACAGUGCCAAGCGAAAAUACAGCGUCUUUGCACAGCUGCACAACGAAACCAAGGGAUGGGGAGGCGCAGCUCUUCGCAGAGGAUAUGUUGCGAAAGGCCACGGCGGACAAAGGCGGGCGUUCAAGGUCAAGCUCAUCGGCGAAGGUGUGAAUGACUAUUCUGGGCCAUACCGCGAAGCUUUCACGGAUGCAUUUUCCGAGGUCCUCAAUACUGAUCCAGCUGCCAGCCGAGGUUCUCUUGGAGUGUUGGACCCUACUCCCAACAACAGCGCUGAUCUUGGCGAAAACCGUGAUCUCUACAUGUUUUCUUUGAACGGCCGUGAGCUCACCGGCAUGAAACACUUGACGGGAAGAAAUGCAUCGUCAGAAGAAAACAGAAUCUGGCAGAGCUUCUCCAGCCUCACUGCUCCACGCGAUGAAUUGUCUCGAGAAGUGGAGGAAGCAUUGGUGUUUUUGGGGAGAAUUACAGGUACAUCUUUCAGACAUGGAAUACCAGUGGAUCUUCCCCUUCCAAUUCAAUCUGUAUGGCGCCCCAUUGUCGAAGAAGAAGCCAAAGAGGAUGAUCGGCUACGCGAAGUCGAUGAGCUGGCGUACCGACAAAAGACAGAGGACGACUUCUCCCCGCUGCUUUGGUGGCAACAAAAGAUGCUGAACUCGUUUGUGGAAGGUAUUUCGAAUGUACUGCCCGUCGAGAUCCUGUCGCUUCUCGAUGCAGUGGAACUGCGCGACCUCAUCAGUGGAAAGGCUGAGGUGGAUGUGGACCUGCUUCGCUCUGUGGUUGAGUAUGAGGGUUACGUUGAACACGACAAAGCAAUCCAAUACUUCUGGGAGACUUUGCGCGAGUUGAGCAAUGACGAACGCAAACUCUUCCUGCAGUUUGUUUGGGCAAGGAACCGCCUGCCUUUGAAGAAGAGCGAUUUCGAGGCGCCGUUCAAGAUUCAACGGGACGGCGCAAACUCUGGCGAGAGGGCUGACCAAGCACUGCCGAGUGCUAGCACCUGCUUCUUUUCCUUGGCGCUGCCCGAAUAUAGCAGCAAGGAAAUACUGAAAGAGAAGCUGCUCUUUGCAAUAAACAAUGUCACCACGAUGGAAACUGAUUUCCAGACGAACAGCGCCGAGAUUGCCGAAGGGUACCGAGCGUUUUAG